AUGCGCUGGCUGCCGGCCCUCCUGUCGGCAGCAUCGCUGCUGCUCACAGCAGUCAACCCGGCCGUCGCCGCCAAGUCUGCCUCUGCGUCUAAGAGAGCCCCCGAGGAGCGCUUCAACCACUUCCACGCCAAAUCGCUCUCUUCUACGCCCGUCAAGCUCUCCGAUGCGUCCUACCGCGAGCUGACGGCCGCCCCGCGCGACUACUCGGUGGCCGUGCUCAUGACGGCACUCGACUCGCGCUUUGUGUGCCAGCUGUGUCGCGAGUUCCAGCCGGAGUGGGAACUACUUGCUAGGAGCUGGACGAAGGGGGAUAAAAAGGGAGAGUCGAGGCUGCUUUUUGGGACGUUGGACUUUCUGGAUGGGAGAGAUAUCUUUAUGAGUUUCGGCCUGCAAACCGCCCCCGUGCUCUUCCUCUUCCCUCCCACCGUCGGCCCGCACGCCUCGGGCUCGUCUGAGCCGAUUCGUUAUGACUUCACCAAUGGUCCCGCCCCCGCCGAGCACAUCCACGCCUGGCUCUCUCGCCACCUGCCUAACCGCCCUCACCCCCCAAUUAAGCGCCCGAUCAACUGGAUGCGCUGGAUCACGACGAUCGUCCUGCUGGCCGGCGGCGCGACCGCCUCGCUGGUUGCCUGGCCGUACGUGCUGCCGGUCGUGCAGAGCCGCACGGUGUGGGCAGCCAUCACGCUGAUUUCCAUUCUCUUGUUCACGAGCGGGCACAUGUUCAACCAGAUCCGGAACGUGCCAUACGUAGCGGGAGAUGGGCGAGGCGGCAUUGCGUAUUUUGCGCACGGGUUUCAGAAUCAGUAUGGGUUGGAGACGCAGAUUGUUGCGGCGUUGUACGGUAUCCUCGCCCUGUCGGGCAUCUCCCUCGCCAUCAAGGUGCCUCGCAUGACGGACCCCAAGACUCAGAGCGUCGCUCUGCUCGCUUGGGGUGGCGUCAUGUACUUUGUUUACAGCUUCUUGAUGAGCAUUUUCAGGGGAAAGAACCCAGGUUAUCCUUUCGCGCUGCCCCCGUUUGUUUGA